AUGCUUCUACAGCUACCCCCAGAACUUCUAAUUCUGUGCCUGGUGCACAUUUCCGACCAGGACCUCGUCUCACUGUCACACACAUGCAAGACCCUGUACUUUUUAUCUCACGACCGAAAUCUGUCCCAUCUCAGAUUCAUGGUCGUUCUGGAAACUAUGCACUGGCGCCUGAUUCCCAUCAACAGCAAUAUUUCCGACCGUCACGAAAUCGCUCUGACGCUUGUCCAACGGCACGUGAUUCCCAAAGCCCACCACAUGUUUCUGAGUCCGCAUCCCGUUCAGGGUGCGCUAAAUUUCCGCAGUUUGCUCAGUACCAGUUUCAGAAAGGCCCUACUCAGCCGAGAGCUCAAGAACCAGCUCCCACGUGACCAUCUCAUCAAAACAGGCAUCAUGAAACCAGGUGACAAGGUUAGUGCAAAGGUUCAUCGACUCCAGUUCAACAGAGUGGUUUCAGUCAUCAACGAGUUCUUCAAGCACUCUUUCAAACGUCCGUCAUUCCACACUGCCUGGAAGAAGGGUUUGUUGCGGUACUACGACGAUGAGCUCAACUUUGAAAGUGUCGGAGUAGAAUUGCUGGCUAAAAUGUUUGAAGGAUGUCAGAUUGGCAAAGACGAGGAGCCAGAGCCCAAUUACUUCAAGGUAGCUAGGAAUCCACCAGCUAGGGCCAAGGUACUCAAGCUGAAAAGAUACUACGAGGAGCUAGACAGGACUGUCUGUGUUUAG